AUGACCAAGUCUUCUAACUUUGCAUUGGUAUUCAGAGAUCCAAAACAUAGGAGGUUCUGUUUCUGCGGUCUCUUUCCUGCAGCUUCUCUAUUCUGUCUUGUUCUCUUCAUAUGGAGUGUGUUCCUUGCUCGACAUAGUAAAGAGAAUUUCUUGUUAUGGGGCUUACGGGGGAGUAAUGGUAAAUACGGUACAUGCAAGAAUCAAUGCAGGCCACCUGGAAGUGAGCCAUUACCCGAAGGUAUAGUUGCAUCGACUUCUAACUUGGAAACACGACCAUUGUGGGGUUCUCCGAAGAACACAAAUACUUCUAAAAGUUUAUUUGCUGUUGCCGUUGGGAUAAAGCAAAAGAACACUAUAAAUGUGAUGGUUCAACAGUUCCUGGCUAGCGAUUUUGUUGUGAUGCUUUUCCAUUAUGACGGUAUUGUCAAUGAGUGGCAGGAUUUUGAAUGGAGCAACAGUGUAAUACACAUAUCUGCUCAAAAUCAAACUAAAUGGUGGUUUGCCAAGAGAUUCUUGCAUCCAGAUAUAGUUGCGGAGUAUGAUUACAUUUUCCUGUGGGAUGAAGAUCUCGGAGUUGAAAACUUCAAUCCUGACAGAUAUUUGUCGAUUGUGAAAGAUGAAGGGCUUGAAAUAUCACAACCAGCUCUCGAUAUUGGCAAAUCUGAAGUGCAUCAUCUGAUUACUGCAAGGGGGAGAAGAAAAAACGUGCACAGGAGAGCUUACAAGCUUGGAACUACAGGAAUUCAUUGCGAUGAAAAUAGUUCUGCUCCGCCGUGCACAGGGUGGAUAGAAGUGAUGGCCCCCGUCUUCUCAAAGGCUGCCUGGCGCUGUGUAUGGUACAUGAUCCAGAAUGACCUGAUCCAUGCUUGGGGAUUAGACAUGCAGCUUGGCUAUUGUGCACAGGGCGACCGAACAAAAAAUAUAGGAGUUGUCGAUGCAGAAUACAUUGUUCAUCUUGGUGUCCCAACACUAGGAGAACCUGAUAACAAGAUGAAAGCAGUAUCGAGUGGGGAUACUUCUCAAGUUGAAAGCAAGGAAACGUCGAAUUCCCAUGCAAUCAACAAUAGAAUUGAAGUGAGAAGACAAUCGUAUUAUGAGUACAAGAUAUUCAAAAGGCGGUGGAAGAAAGCGGUUGAGGAUGACAAGUGUUGGGUUGAUCCGUACCCAGAAACAGAACAAGGGACACGAACCUGA